UUGACGGGGUACAGUCAGAAAGAGCUCACACUCCAACUUGGCGCUCUGUUCUGCAUAGACGUUCAAGUCUUCCACUGAGACUCGUCUCUUUAAUUCAAUUUCUCGGUGCAGCUGAAAGCAAAAUAAGUAGCCAUGGAUGCCAUCAAGAAAAAGAUGCAGAUGCUAAAACUAGACAAGGAGAAUGCCUUGGACAGAGCCGAACAGGCUGAAGCAGACAAGAAAGCAGCUGAGGACAGAGGCAAACAGUUAGAGGAUGAAUUAAGUGAAAUGGAAAAGAAAUUGCGCGCUGCCGAAGACGAAAGAGAUAGAGUGCUCGAGGAGUUCCAAACCGCCGAAGAGAAGCUACUCAACGCCGAAGAGGUCGCCUCAAAGCUCGAGGAUGAUUUGGUAGCUCUGCAGAAGAAACUCAAGUCAACCGAGGAUGAGUUGGACAAGUAUUCCGAGGCCCUUAAGGACGCGCAGGAGAAACUGGAACUGGCUGAGAAGAAAGCCACUGAUGCUGAGAGUGAUGUCGCCUCCCUGAACAGAAGAAUCCAGUUGGUGGAGGAGGAGCUGGACCGCGCCCAAGAGCGUCUGUCCACCGCGCUGCAGAAGCUCGAGGAGGCAGAGAAGGCUGCUGACGAGAGCGAGAGAGGCAUGAAGGUGAUCGAGAACCGGGCCGCCAAGGACGAGGAGCGGAUGGAGCUGCAGGAGAUCCAGCUGAAGGAAGCCAAACACAUCGCAGAGGAGGCCGACCGCAAAUACGAGGAGGUGGCGCGUAAGCUCGUGAUCAUCGAGGGCGACCUGGAGCGCACGGAGGAGCGCGCCGAACUCUCGGAGAGUAAGUGUUCUGAACUUGAGGAAGAGUUGAAAACUGUGACCAACAACCUGAAGUCGCUGGAAGCCCAGGCAGAGAAGUACUCGCAGAAAGAGGACAAGUACGAGGAGGAGAUCAAAGUCCUGACCGAUAAGCUGAAGGAGGCCGAGACCCGGGCAGAGUUUGCAGAGAGAUCGGUAGCCAAACUCGAGAAGACCAUCGAUGACCUGGAAGACAAACUUGCACAAGCUAAAGAAGAGAACCUCGAUAUGCACCAGAUGUUGGAUCAGACUCUAAUGGAAUUAAAUAAUAUGUGAACAAACCUGACCCCCCCCCCCCCCCACCACCACCACCAACAACAACCCCCCCUUUCCAUUUUGAGAGUUGUACCAUGCUUGCCAUGACCCCCCCCCAACCCCAACCCCUACCAUACCCCUCCCCCUAAGCCCCACCAUCACCCUGCUGGUGGAACAUGAAAAACCAGAAGCUUCGCCUUCACACGGUCCAGCUUUCUGCUGAGCUCAACGACGGAACGCACCUGAAGUACUUUUCUUGGCCAAGGAAAGGAGUUCACGAAAUGCUUGUUUUCACCUGGACUGAUUCGCCUUUUUUUAAUGUGUCUACAUUUUGUAAUCAUUUAAUGAGUGCUUUUUGUUUUUGACAAAUUAUCAGGUGGAACUUAACUUGUGCCAUUUUGUUACAAUAGAAUUUAUCUUUCUUUUAACGUUCUGCAGGUAAUGACAGUGGCACCUCCCUGUUCUACUAUGGUCAUGCAUUGUGCAGAUGGUCUGUGGUAAUUUUUCUUCAGAGAACAAAAUUGGCAGAAUUUGCACUUAAUUAUAGGCUAAUCCUCAAAUUAGGCACAUAAUUUUAAGUCCUGACUAAAGCCAAGGUUUUGUGUAAGACCAUUUUUUUUAUUUAUGUUUUGUACUUUUUAUUUUUGAAGUCUUUUGAGUUGGUGUGUGUGUGUGUGUGUGAAUAGGAUACAACAACUGUCCUUGUUUCUCCCCCGCUCCUGAAAUAUCGCUGGUGCUACUGUGAAGGCAAAAAAAAGUUAAGAACACGAAGCUUUGGAGAAAGCAUUUAAGUGCAUACGGAUAGGCCAAUGGUAAUCUGAAGCAUUGAAGUGUAUUUCCACAAUUUUAUUAGCCGUUUGCCAAUAUAGUCAUGGUUAGAAAGGGAUUUGUCUGCACUCCAGCUUAUAUUUAUUUUACUUUAUGAAAACAGAAACUCAUUACAAAAUGUAUGGCAACAUUAGCUUUCAAAGUGUAUUUUGUUUCGUUUGAACUUCUUUGCCCAAUGUUCAAUGUUUUUCAUUUUGUUAUAAUUAUGACUAAAUCAAAUUUGGUAGUGCCUCAUUUAUUUUUUAAUUUUUAGGGGUUUUAAAUAUAUUCCAUAUGAAAAGUAUGUAAGGUAAUAAAUAUAAAUAAAACCAUUCAGUUUUGCGAUUUUCUAAAAAA